AUGGAAAAAUGCUACGAAUAUAACCAGGAACUAUUCAUGCUAUUUGUAGAUUAUAAACAGGCAUAUGACUCUAUUAAUCGGGAAAGUUUAUGGAAAGCCAUGGAAAAGUUUGGAGUACCAGCAAAAAUCACAAGAAUGAUAAGAGCAUGUGUUCAAAACUCUAAAUGUAUGGUCAAAUUUAACGGUCAACUGUCCAAGGCAUUCAUGGUCAACACAGGACUGAAACAGGAAGAUGCACUAUCACCAAUGCUCUUCAACAUCGCUUUGGAGGAGGUGGUUAGAAAUGCAUUAAACACCGGUAUAGAAGUCAAACUGCAAGAGUCUAAGACUAUCAAACUAAUAGCAUACGCCGAUGAUAUAGUAUUACUCUCCGAAUCUAAGAGCAACCUUCAGAGUAUGGCAGAGUCUCUCAUGAAUGAGAGCAAAAAAAUGGGCUUAACUAUAAAUGAAGAAAAAACAAAGUACAUGAUAGUGUCUUGGAAAAAUAAUAGACAUAAUAACUUGAUAGUAAGAAAUAUGGAGUUUGAGCUGGUCGGAAAUUUCAAGUAUCUAGGGGUGGAACUGAGCGUGUUGGCAAUAACCACAAGGAAAUUCAAAACAGAAUAA